AUGGUUACUCCUUCGUCUAAGAUCGUUGGUGAUUUGGCUCAAUUUAUGGUCCAAAACAAGUUAACGAAAGAGCAAAUAGUUGAGCGUGCUGAGGAUCUUUCUUUUCCAAAGUCUGUGAUUGAAUACUUUCAGGGCCUGGUUGGCAUGCCCUACGGCGGCUUUCCUGAACCCCUACGUACACGUGUUUUGAAGGGUAAAGAGUCUCUUCGCAAGCGAGCCGGAGAAGACCUGCCGCCUCUGGACUAUACCAAGCUCAAGAUGGAGCUUUUCGAGAAGCAUGGUCGCGAAUUCUCAGAAAAGGACGUAAUGUCAGCCUCCCUCUAUCCGAAGGUAUUUGACACCUUCGAGCAAUUCCGAAAGACAUAUGGCCCUGUGGACAAAUUGGGAACUCGAGUCUUCUUUGUUGGCCCAAAGAUUGCCGAAGAAUUCCCUGUACGUCUUGUGUUUUUUUACCAUUACAGCUCUCAUCGAGACUUUAAAUACCAAUAUCAUUAUGCGCCUUUUAUAUUUGAUGGCAGGUACACAGCUGCCUCUUCAUACAAAGUGUGA